CUGCAGCAAGCUCAGCUCUACCCCAGCCCCUUCACUGGCAGAAAAGUGCACUCUCCUUCCGACUCCUUUUGCUUCUUAAGUUACUGGAUUCUGCAGUACAAGUCUUCAUGAACAAGCUGCACCGCUUAGAGAUUUCACGGCAUUCAAAGGUCACAGAACUGCCACUAUGGUUAAAUGUCUUGUUUAAUGGUUGAGAGGUGCGGAGAAAUCUCAUUUGAUAAUCCUGACCAGAAUGCCAAAUGUGUUCGCAUGCUAGGAGAUGCACGGGUGAGAGGUCAGACAGGGGUUCUCGCUGAGCGCCGCGGCUCCUACCCGUUCAUCGACUUCCGUCUUCUCAACAAUACAACGCUCUCAGGGGAAAUUGGCACAAAGAAAAAGGUGAAAAGACUGUUAAGUUUUCAGAGGUAUUUCCAUGCAUCCCGGUUACUGCGUGGAAUUGUACCACAAGCCUCUCUGUACUUACUGGAUGAGGACUACCUUGGGCAAGCAAGGCAUAUGUUAUCCAAAGUGGGAAUGUGGGAUUUUGACAUUUUCUUGUUUGACCGUUUGACAAAUGGAAACAGUCUCGUAACAUUGCUUUGUCAUCUCUUCAAUGUGCAUGGACUUAUUCACCAUUUCCAGUUAGAUAUGGUUACACUACACAGGUUUUUAGUUAUGGUUCAAGAAGAUUACCAUAGCCAAAACCCCUACCACAACGCCGUCCAUGCUGCUGACGUUACACAAGCUAUGCACUGCUAUCUAAGGGAGCCCAAGAACGUUUCCGUGCUGGAAAAUCACCACUGGCGGUCUACCAUCGGCAUGCUUCGAGAAUCCCGGCUCCUGGCCCACCUGCCCAAGGAAGUCACACAGGAUAUCGAACAGCAAUUAGGCUCCCUAAUCCUGGCAACAGACAUCAAUAGACAGAAUGAGUUUUUGAUCCGUCUGAAAUCUCACCUUGACAAUCAGGAUUUGAGACUGGAGGAUGCACAAGACAGACAUUUUAUGCUUCAGAUCGCGCUCAAGUGCGCCGACAUCUGCAACCCCUGCCGCCUCUGGGAGCUGAGCAAGCAGUGGAGCGAGCGGGUCUGCGAGGAGUUCUACCGGCAAGGUGACCUGGAACAAAAAUUUGAACUGGACAUAAGCCCUCUUUGUAAUCAGCAGAAGGACACAAUACCAAGCAUACAAAUUGGGUUCAUGACAUACAUCGUAGAGCCACUGUUUGAGAGGUGGGCCCAGUUUACAGGAGACACUCCCCUCUCUGAAAACAUGCUAAACCAUCUCAGGAGGAACAAGGCCAAGUGGAGGAGUUUGCUCCACAAGCAACACAGCAGUAAUAGAAGCAGCGACCACUCAGGUCAAGUGACUGGCAGCCAAGAACAGACUUUAAAUGAAGAAGAGACUCCUUAGUGGCAGCUUUGCACUUUUUCCUUAUAGCACUGCUAUCUCUGUCUUGAUCAUAGGAGCAAA